GUUCCGAGAGAGCGAACGUCGCCUAGCAACGUCGUCGUGACAGCGGAAGUAGUUGUCGCGAGCGCCCACAUACUUGCUAACAGUUUCCAGGUCCUUCUAUCUUCCUUUUCUUGUCAGCCAUUUCUGAAAGGAGUCACUUGGUGGCAGUUACAGAAACGAAGUAGGAUGCAGAACGACGCUGGUGAAUUCGUGGACUUGUACGUCCCUCGCAAGUGCUCCGCUAGCAACAGAAUCAUCGGCGCCAAAGACCAUGCUUCUAUUCAGAUCAACAUUGCCGAUGUUGACAAGACAACGGGCAGAUUCAAUGGCCAGUUUAAAACCUACGCCAUCUGUGGAGCCAUCCGAAGAAUGGGUGAGGCGGAUGACUCCCUGCUGAGGCUGGCAAAGAAUGAUGCCAUUGUGUCCAAGAACCUUUAAAUGAAGAUGCAUUUUGCAGCCUGGAUAAAUAAAAAAGUUAAACUGUC